AUAAUCCCUCCAGUGUGUCCUGGGUCUUCCAGUGAACCAGAACCAUGCCUGUGAGCUCGGUCAGUCUGCUGGUCCUGCUGCUGUGUGAGUUUCUGGGAGGAGGGGUUCUGUCAGUCUGUCCCUCUGUGUGCUCGUGCAGCGGGGGUCACCGUGUUGUGGACUGCUCUUUAAGAAGUCUCAUCAAGGUGCCUGUUGGUCUGCAGCACAACAUUUUGUUUCUCAACCUUUCCUUCAACAGCUUGCAGGUUCUAGACAGCCAGCUCAGCUCAUAUGGCCACCUGCGGACCCUGGAUCUCUCUUACAACCACCUGCAGACACUACCCCCAGCUCUGCCACGGUCUCUGUGGGAGAUCCGAGUUGCAGGGAACCAAUUACAGUCUCUAGAUAAGAAAGACACGGCAUACCACUGGAACCUGAAAGUUCUGGACAUAUCCCAAAAUGCGCUGAAUAAAGUGGUCUUCAUCAACAACACACUGCUGAAUCUAAAAUCUCUCAACCUCAGCUGGAACAGGUUUUGGACUGUGCCCACAAACAUGCCUCCCAACCUGGAGUGUAUUGAUCUGUCUCACAACUAUCUGGUUCAGAUUCUUCCUGGGUCGUUGGACCGGCUUCCAAAGCUGGUCCACUUUUAUCUGCACGCAAACCGUUUCUCCUGGUUAUUUGAAGGGGUCUUGGAUAAGCUGACGGGGCUAGAAAUGAUCACCCUUGGAGAUAAUCCCUGGGCUUGUGAAGAAGAAGAAAACAUGACAAGCCUCCUUCAAUGGGCAGAACAAACCCAAGCAACAAUUCUGGGAUGUCCUUGUUACACCAAACCCAUCUGUGGACAGACACCAAAUAGAGAAAACACCACUCUGUUUACCUGGCCCUCACCAUGGAUGAACCAGAGAGAGGGAAGGGAUGAGGCUCAGUCACCCGUCCUUUCCAACAUCCAUCAGGACAGAAGAAGUCUGUCUGAAUCUGAGGAAAAACUGGUACUGCUGGUUCAGGGACAAACGAGUACACCAGCACCCCCACAGUCUUCAACCAAGAACCCCCAGAGCAAAAACCAUGCUGUCCUUAUCCACAUCCAAACUUUUACCAUGACAACCAUUAUCAUAACAGCAGCAUUCACUUCACUUUAAACCACUGCAUUCAACAAAGACUGGGUCCACAGACUGGACAUUCAUAGACUUUUGAUGGGAACCUAGAAGUCUACGCCAGAUCAGGACCAACCUGCCCUGUCGGCUGGUUCCAUUACAAGUUUUAUGUCCCCUUCAUGUAAAUCAAAGGUGCCCAAUCACGGUCCUCGAAAGCCACUAUCAUAUAUGUUUUAGAUGCUUCUCUGUUUUGACAUAUCUGAUUUAAAUACAGUGGUUUGCAAAAGUAUUCAUACCCCUUGAACUUUUCCAUAUUUUGUCACA